UUUGACUACAUGAAGAUUCCUGUCACCGGUUAUGUGAUGAAUAAAUUUGAGGUCCUUGGGAUUGUUGGAGAAGGGGCCUAUGGGGUGGUGCUCAAGUGCAGGCACAAGGAGACCAAAGAGCUGGUGGCCAUAAAGAAGUUCAAGGACAGUGAAGAAAAUGAGGAGGUUAAGGAGACAACACUGCGUGAGCUUAAAAUGCUACGAACACUUAAGCAGGAGAACAUCGUGGAGCUCAAGGAGGCCUUCAGGAGGAGAGGGAAGCUCUACCUGGUGUUUGAGUACGUAGAGAAGAACAUGCUGGAGCUCCUGGAGGAGCAGCCCAAUGGGGUCCCCCCAGACAAGGUGCGCAACUACAUCUACCAGCUCAUCAAGGCCAUCCACUGGUGCCACAAGAACGACAUUGUCCACAGAGAUAUCAAACCAGAGAAUCUCCUCAUCAGUUCCAACGAUGUUCUGAAGCUAUGUGAUUUUGGCUUUGCGCGUAACCUCUCGGAGGGCAGUGACGCCAACUACACCGAGUACGUGGCCACCCGCUGGUACCGCUCGCCGGAACUCCUGCUGGGCGCCCCCUAUGGGAAGGCUGUGGACAUGUGGUCUGUGGGCUGCAUCCUGGGGGAGCUGAGUGACGGCCAGCCCCUGUUCCCCGGCGAGAGCGAGAUCGACCAGCUCUUCACCAUCCAGAAGGUCCUGGGCCCUCUGCCUCCUGAGCAGAUGAAGCUCUUCUACAACAACUCACGCUUCCACGGCAUGAGGUUCCCUUCAGUGAGUCAUCCACAGACUCUGGAGAGGCGGUACCUUGGCAUCAUCAGUGGAGGCUUGCUGGAUCUAAUGAAAAACCUGCUUCAGCUGAGCGCAUCCGAGAGGUUCUUGACGGAGCAGAGUCUGAACCAUCAGGUGUUCCAAGCCCAGCGGGUCCUGGAGCGGCUCCUGCCCCCCUCCCCCACGCCGCCACGCUCCUCCAAGAGGAAGCCCUACCACGGAGACAACACCAUACCCAGCAGGAGUCACGGUGGUAAGAGCUCAGGGCACCGGCGCUCCAACGCUAAGGAGUGCUCCAGCCUGCCACGCCACGAGGACCUGCAGCGCAGCAGCGACGCCUUCCUGAACGGCAGCGGCCCGGCGCCCGUCAGCCUGAGCCCCGUGCUGCACCCCAAGAGCCCCCAGACGCAGACGCUCAGCCGCUCCGUGUCCAGCAGCAAAGACCUGGCCAGCCACCCGCUGCCCCACCUGCUCAGCCCCAAGGACUUCAAGGGCAAGACGCACUUCGACUUCAACAUCCCGCCGCCGCCCAACGUCACCGCCGCCACCAAGCCGCCCGACGCACCCGGCAGCAAGUACCUGAAGCAGGCCAGUCGCGCCCCGCAGCAGCCGCAGCCGCAGCCGCAGGGCCGGCCGGCGUUUGUGGAGGCCAAGACCAACACGCUGCAGCCGGGGGAGAAGCGCAGUCGCCACGGUCACGUCCCGCUGGACCCUGCGGUCAAGAGCGCCGGCACGUACCUCAGCCUGUCCAAGGGCACACACGCGGGCAGCGGUGCCAAGCUGGCGCAGGGUCUGGGCGACGCCAAGUCCGUGGGCAACCUGAGCGGAGCAGGACUGCUGCUGGACGAGCCGCCGCCCGGCCCUCCCCGCUACUUCCCGUCCAGCUGCGUGGACCUGAACGCGGCGCCCGGCAGCCCGGCCACCCAUCACGCGCCCGACCGCUCUGGACACAGCCCCUCGUCGACGUCGGCGACCGUCACCCGCGGCAACCCGCACUUGGAGAGCAGCACCCUCGACUCCCGCCGGCCGUCGACCCGCCACAAAGGGCCGGAGGAGGCGCGUGUGCUGGACACGCUGGACCCGGGAGGGAGCUCGCUGUCCACCCCCCACGAGUCCUUCCCGUACGGCCUGGGCUACACGAGCCCCUUCUCCUCGCAGCAGCGGCCACACCGCCACUCCAUGUACGUGCGGCGGGAGCGCCACCGGGCCCAUGGCCAGGAGGGGGCGCUAGCGGUGGGUCAGACGGCACCCACGCGCGCCAGCAGCCUGCAGAUGCUCUCGCCACAGGUCCAGCACCGCACCCUCACUCGCCACUCCGUCGGCUCCUCACGAGAGGACUGCUCCGACGACAUCGCCAGGAACGAUCCGUCUCCAAAAGAGGCGACCCAAACGCGCCCCCCCAUCAAAGAUUCCACGCGGGACAACUCUGCUUCUUUUCACCCCCAGCGUUCAAAAAAUGAGGUGGGGAUGUAUCACGACCAACACCUUGAAGACGGAGGCACUUCCUCCAAGGAGAACCGCAUCAUCUACAGCGACUCAAUGCCACGACGAGUAGGCAGCUUUUACCGAGUGCCAUCCCCCAGGCCUGACUCCUUCCAUGAUCCUGCAGCUCCGGGCCGCGGGGCACCCAUGCCUGGCGACAACAGUGCCAUGAGCAAUCACUCCAAGCGCCAGACCACCUUCGAGCCCUGGAAUACGCCUGAGACCAUGAAUCCUCCACCAGAGCCUCCAAAGCAUAAAGAGAAACAGGGUUUCUUUAGAGCAAUAAAGAAGAAGAAGAAGAAGUCUCAGACGGUGCCGGGUGACGCUCAGGACCCAAUGGCUGCUCAGCGAGCGAUGAAGCCCUCCUCCCAUCAGAGCAGCCGCCACAGGAACCGGGACCGCGACAGAGAACGGGACCGCGACCGGGACCGAGAGCGAGAGCGAGAGCGGGAACGGAGCCGAGAUCGCAACAGGGACCGAGAGCGCGAGAGAGAGCGAGAGAGGGAGAGAGAGAGAGAGAGGGAGCGAGAACGAGAAAGGGGGAGAGAGAGGGAGAGGGAGAGAGAUGAAUGGCCCACUGAAAAACUAGCAGAGCCCCAUUCUCAGAAUCAGCCGCUGAAGUCCCUGCGGAAGCUCCUGCACUUGUCGUCCCCGGCGACGGGUCAAGUGGCCGCCCCAGAGCCUCGCUUCCAGCCGCUGCCCAACCCCCCCCCCAAAGGGAGCUUCCCGGAGGCCCGGGUCCACUCAGGGAGCAGCAGUGGGGGCAGCGCUCCACAGUCCAAGAGCCGCAAGCCCACGUCGUACCCCCUCCCGGGGCAGGUGGAGUCCAACUGGCACCUGUCUGCCCUGUCCAGGGCCGAGGGGGCAGUGUACCCCCCCGACCAAAUGGCCGGCAAACUGGGUCAGAACGGGCCCACCUUCACCCGCCCCGCCAGGGCUCGCAUGCCCAACCUCAACGACCUGAAGGAGACGGCCCUGUAGAACACUCACACACACACACACACACACUCACACGCAUGCCCAACCUCAACGACCUGAAGGAGACGGCCCUGUGAUGGCCAUGUGUCGAACACUCACACACACACACACACACACACACACACGCAUACACGCAUGGCCCUGUAGAGGCUGGGGGACCUGUGAUGGCCAUGUGUUGAACACUCACACACACACACACUCACACACACAUACAUACACGCAUGCCCAACCUCAACGACCUGAAGGAGACGGCCCUGUAAAGCCAGGGGGACCUGUGAUGGCCAUGUGUCCAAUACUCACACACACACACUCACACACACACACACGCAUACACGCAUGGCCCUGUAGAGCCUGGGGGACCUGUGAUGGCCAUGUGUCGAACACUCACACACACACACACGCGUGCACAUGGCCCGGUAGAGCCUGGAGGACCUGUGAUGGCCAUGUGUCGAACACUCACACACACACACACGCGUGCACACCUACAUGUACGCACACACCCACGCACUUACCAUGGUGCACACACCCACGCACUUACCACACACACACACCCUUACUAUGGUGCACACAA